UUUUGCAUUUUUGUUGUUUUAGUUUCUAAUAAUUUUUCACUAAUUUCUAGUUUGCUUCCUAAUCCUAUUCAAAACACCACCCCAAAGAAAAAUAAAAGAACAAAACUUUUCUCUUUCUUUGUAAUUUUGAUCAAAAAUCUUGUCCACCCAAAGGGCUGGAUUGCUCUCUCUAUGGAAAAUGAAGUGCUUCUUUUGAAUUAGGGUUCUUCAUUUGGAGUGAAUUUAGUGUUUUUUAGAUUAUGUCUGAAACCUGGGAUACAAGUUAUGACCCUGGCAGCCAGUCAGAGGACAGUUAUCAUUUUGAGAGACUGUAUAUAGAGCCUAUUUAUGAUGCAUUCGUUUGCCCUUUGACGAAAAAAGUCAUGCGUGACCCUGUGUCGAUCGAAAAUGGGCAGACUUUUGAACGGGGAGCAAUCGAAAGAUGGUUUAAAGAAUGCAGGGAGAAUGGGAGAAAAUUGGUUUGCCCUUUGACUCAAAAAGAAUUGAAAACCGCGGACCUCAACUCUAGUAUAGCUUUGCGGAACACCAUAGAAGAGUGGACUGCUAGGAAUGAAGCUGUCCAACUUGAUAUGGCUCGGAGGUCGCUCAAUCUGACCAGUCCAGAAAGUGAUGUUCUGCAGUCUCUGAACUAUGUCCGGUAUGUCUGCAAAAAGAGCCGAUCAAAUAAGCAUGCUGUGCGCAAUGCUGAGUUGAUACCUAUGAUUGCUGAUGUUUUGAAGAAUAGCAGUCGUAAAGUUCGGUGUACAGCUUUGGAAACACUUCAAACUGUGGUAGAAGGAGAUGAUGAUAAUAAGGCAAUAUUGGCUGAGGGUGAUACUGUGCGUACAAUAGUUAAGCUGUUGUCUCAUGAAAAGUCCAAAGAAAGGGAGGAAGCUGUGUCAUUACUGCAGGAGCUCUCAAAAUCUGAAGCCUUGUGUGAAAAGAUUGGUUCAAUUAAUGGAGCAAUUCUUAUACUGGUUGGAAUGACAAGUAGCAAAUCAGAAAAUCCCUUGACUGUUGAAAAGGCCGACAAGACACUUGAAAAUCUGGAAAAAUGUGAGAACAAUGUGCGUCAGAUGGCUGUAAAUGGUCGAUUGCAGCCCCUUCUGAAUCAUCUUCUUGAAGGCCCGCCAGAAACCAAAUUGGCCAUGGCUUCUUACCUUGGUGAACUGGUUUUGGACAGUGAUGUGAAAGUUCAUGUAGCUAGAACUGUUGGUUCCUCGUUAAUAAGUAUAAUGAGAAGUGGCAACACACAGUCAAGAGAAGCUGCUUUGAAAGCUUUAAACCAAGUCUCAUCUUGCGACGCAAGUGCCAAGGUGUUGAUUGAAGCAGGAAUUCUUCCUCCUCUUGUUGAGGACCUAUUCAAAGUUAAUCAGCUUCCUAUGCGUCUGAAGGAAGUCUCAGCAACAAUCCUCGCCAAUGUUGUAAACUCGGACUAUGAAUUGGAUACAAUUUCCGUUGGGCCUGAUCAUCAGACUCUGGUCUCAGAAGACAUAAUGCACAACCUACUCCGUCUAAUUAGCAACACUGGUCCAGCUAUUGAAUGCAAACUUCUGCAGGUUCUUGUUGGUCUGACUAGUUCGCCUUCUUCCGUUCUGAAUGUUGUUGCUGCCAUUAAAAGCUCGGGUGCCAUUACUAGUCUGGUUCAGUUCAUUGAGGCCCCACAAAAGGACUUGCGUGUUGCUUCCAUAAAACUUCUUCAUAACCUAUCUCCACACAUGGGCCAGGAACUAGCUAAUGCACUUCGUGGCACUGUUGGUCAGCUUGGCAGCCUAAUUAAUGUCAUAUCGGAAAAUAUAGUAGCGAUUACAGAGGAGCAGGCAACUGCUAUUGGCCUAUUAGCUGAACUCCCUGAGAGAGAUUUGGGCCUCACACGGCAGAUGCUAGAUGAAGGGGCCCUUCAGGUAAUCUUCUCUAGAGUUGUAAAGAUCCGUGAGAUUCGGGGUACACGCUUUGUGACUCCAUUUUUAGAGGGUCUUGCACGAGUUCUUGCAAGGGUUACAUUUGUUUUGAUUGAAGAGCCUGAUGCCAUUACAUUUUGCCGUGAGAACAACCUCGCUGCUUUGUUCAUUGAACUCCUUCAGUCGAAUGGACUUGACAAUGUGCAGAUGGUUUCUGCCAUGGCAUUAGAGAACCUAUCUCAAGAGUCCAAAAACUUGACAAAAUUGCCUGAUGUUGCUGCUGCACCUGGGUUUUGUGCUUCAAUCUUUCCUUGUUUUAGUCAACAGACUGUCAUAACUGGCCUGUGCCGGCUCCAUCGUGGAACAUGUUCACUAAAAGAUACAUUUUGUCUUUUAGAAGGACAAGCUGUUGGGAAACUUGUUGCACUUUUAGACCACACAAAUGAGAAAGUAGUUGAGGCGGCAUUGGCAGCAAUAUCAACUUUAUUGGACGACAGUGUCGAUAUUGAACAAGGGGUUAUGGUGUUGUUGGAGGAAGAGGGGGUCAGACCUAUAAUUGACGUGUUGAUCGAGAAAAGGACAGAUAAUCUGAGGAGGAGGGCAGUUUGGGCAGUCGAGAGGCUUUUACGAACUGAUGAUAUAGCAUAUGAAGUUUCUGGUGAUCCAAAUAUCAGUACUGCACUUGUUGAUGCAUUCCAGCAUGCUGACUAUCGAACGCGGCAAAUUGCUGAGCGCGCACUUAGACAUGUUGAUAAGAUACCGAAUUUCUCUGGGAUCUUUCCAAACAUGGGAUGAUAGGCGGCCCCCUUUCACGUGAAUUGAUUAAUGGACUACACUAUGUAAGUAAGUCAUCCUUGUAUAAUCCUGUUCCGUUUUUGGUUUGUAUAGUUUGAUGUUAAGAAAUAAUGCAUUGGUUGGUGUGCUUUGCGUAUUACUUUUUGUUCUUUUGCAUAUUUCUCGUUUUCUUUUCCGUAGGUUAUGCUUUAUAUCGGAGAUGUUUUGAAGCAAGGGGUUUGGGACUCGUGUGAUGAGGAUAGUGAUAGGAUUAGCAUUAGCAUGCUUCCUUGAUUUGAGUGAAUAUUGCUUUAUUUGAUGGAGCGACCGGCAUAGGGAACUUCCAGCGUCUCUUCCAAGUAGCAUUAUGCAUGAUGAUACAUUCAUUAUUGUCCAUUGAAGAUCAACUGGCAGACGAUACGCUAUAACAAGUUCCAACGAUUGAGCUUCCUUCCUUUCAUUCCUAUUCAUUUAUAUUCUUAAGAUUUGCACAUUAUCAUCUCUUAUAACACGACGUUUAAAAUCAACGAAUUACGUGUUCAUGCAUUGUACAGUUCAGGAAGCAUCGUGUUGCUGUACAUUAUGAAUAUUAUUUGCAAUUCUCUUGGUUGUGUUUAA